AUGAAGCGACAAAACGUGCGGACCCUCGCCCUCAUCGUGUGCACCGUAACCUACCUGUUCGUGGGCGCCGCGAUCUUCGACGCGCUGGAGUCCAAGACGGAGAAGACCCAGCGCAGGGAGUUGGAUUUGAAGAAGCGGGAACUGCUCAGCGCCUUAAACUUGUCCACGGAGGACUUUGAUAAACUGGAGAGAGUGGUGCUGCAGCUCAAGCCUCACAAAGCCGGGGUCCAGUGGAGAUUCGCCGGGUCUUUUUACUUCGCCAUCACGGUCAUCACCACUAUAGGUUAUGGCCACGCCGCACCCAGCACCGACGGCGGGAAGUCCUUCUGCAUGCUCUACGCUCUCCUCGGAAUCCCCCUCACCCUUGUCAUGUUCCAAAGCGUGGGCGAACGGAUCAACACGUUCGUCCGCUACCUCCUGCGGCGCUUCAAGAAGUGCCUGGGCAUGCGACGCACCGAAGUCUCGAUGGCCAACAUGGUCACUUUCGGAUUUGUGUCCUGCUCAACUACGCUGUGUCUGGGAGCGCAGGCCUUUUCGCAUUUCGAGGGAUGGAAUUUCUUUCAUGCUUUUUACUACUGCUUCAUCACACUGACCACAAUUGGGUUCGGGGAUUACGUGGCGUUGCAAAAUGAGCAAGCAUUGCAAACUCAGCUGCAGUAUGUAGCCUUUAGCUUUAUCUACAUUCUGACUGGACUCGCUGUGAUCGGGGCGUUCCUCAACUUGGCCGUGUUGCGGUUCAUGACCAUGAACGCAGAAGAUGAGAAAAGGGAUGCGGAGCAGAGAGCGUUGCUAGGCCACAACGGACAAGCGGGCCACGUGCAUUGCUCCUUAGAUCCUGGUUCACCGAUGUCAACGCCGCCGGGUUGCGGUGGCGUUAGCGGGGUGAGCGCCAGCGGGGCGGCGAGUCGCGGGCUUCGAAAUGUGUAUGCGGAAGUGCUGCAUUUCCAGUCCAUGUGCUCGUGUCUGUGGUAUAAAAGUAGAGAAAAACUGCAGUAUUCGAUUCCUAUGAUCAUCCCCAGAGACCUCUCCACCUCGGACAUAGAACAAGGCGAUGGCUAUUCCAACAUGCUGCAUUCAAAUGGAUGCGUGUGCAGUCUGCAGCACCAUUCGGCCAUUAGCUCGGUGUCCACGGGUUUGCAGUGCAUCAACACCUAUAGGAGACUCAACAAGAGAAGGAGUUCUAUUUAA